AUGACGUGAAAACUGGCGGUAAAGACAUCAGGAUAGAGAGGGAGCAAGGAAAGGAGGAGAGGAAACAAGGAGACGAGGAGAGGGAGCAAGGAGACAAGGAAAGGAGGGGAGGAAACAAGGAGACGAGGAGAGGGAGCGAGGAGACAAGGAAAGGAGGGGAGGAAACAAGGAGGCGAGGAGAGGGAGCAAGGAGAGGAGGAGAGGGAGCAAGGAGACAAGGAAAGGAGGGGAGGAAACAAGGAGACAAGGAGAGGGAGCAAAGAGAGGAGGAGAGGGAGCAAGGAGACAAGUAAAGGAGGAGAGGAAACAAGGAGACAAGGAGAGGGAGCAAGGAGACAAGGAAAGGAGGAGAGGAAACAAGGAGGCGAGGAGAGGGAGCAAAGAGAGGAGGAAAGGGAGCAAGGAGACAAGGAAAGGAGGAGAGGAAACAAGGAGAGGGUGCAAAGAGAGGAGGAGAGGGAGCAAGGAGACAAGGAGAGGGAGCAUAGAUCGGAAACAAGGAGAGAAGAAAAGAAAACCAGGAAAGGAGGAAAGGAAACAAGGAGAGGAGGAAAGGGGGCAAGAAUAGGAAACAAGGAGAGGAGGAGAGGGAGCAAGGACAUAAGGAAAGGAGGAGAGGAGACAAGGAGAGGGAGCAAGGAGAGGGAGAAAAUGCGGUGGAGGUUGGGGGUUCGACUUCGUGAUUUCCCUGAAUGUGACAGAAAUGCCGAUCAGAAAUGCCGAUCAGAAAUGCCGAUCUCUCCUCCGUUCGAUCCUCUUGAGGACAGACCUGACGGUCCUGGACUCGGACUUCGGACCGAUCGGCACCAUGACGACCCGUUCAUGAGGAGAACCUUCAGGUUCUUCAGGACGUCCACCAGAGAAACGGACAGAUGAAAACGUCCCGACAGGAAGUGAUGUUUCUAAAGUUAGCGUCUGCUCUCGGAGAUGAUGGAGACACUGAUUGAUUGACAGACACCUGGAUAACCUUCAGGACCCACUUCAUCGAAGACGGCGGUCGGAUCGUCGGACCUCUCCAUGGAAACGGCGUCCACAGUGAGUGAAUUUCUCUGAACAUUUCCGACCCGAGUCAUCAUCGCUCCGUGGAUAAUGGAGGUCUGCUCGCCGUGGGCGGGAACAUCUCGCUGUCAUGACCUGCUGCAGUCGGUGAAUAUUUGUACCUGUACACAACAAUGGAUUGUGGGUAAUAAUGAGGGAACAGAGCGUGACUGACGGCGGCGGCGGCGUUGAGAUGUGAAGUUAAAGAGAGUCAUGUUCUACUAAUUUAAGGUAAUGACAGUGAGAGGAGGAGGAGGAGGAGGAGGAGAGAGGAGGAGGAGGGGAGGAGAGAGAGAGGAGGAGGAGAGAGAGAGGAGGAGGAGAGAGAGGAGGAGGAGAGAGAGGAGAGAGAGGAGGAGGAGGAGAGAGAGGAGGAGAGAGGGGAGGAGAGAGGGGAGGAGAGGAGGAGAGAGAGGAGGAGAGAGGAGGAGGAGAGAGGUGAGGAGAGAGGUGAGGAGAGAGAGGAGGAGGAGAGAGAGGAGGAGGAGCAGGAGGAGGAGAGAGAGGAGGGGAGAGAGGAGGAGAGAGAGAGGAGGAGAGGAGGAGGAGAGGAGGAGGAGGAGGAGAGAGAGAGGAGGAGAGAGAGGAGGAGGAGGGGAGAGGAGAGAGAGAGGAGGAGGAGGAGAGAGAGGAGGAGGAGGAGAGAGAGGAGAGGAGAGAGAGGAGGAGGAGAGAGAGGAGAGAGAGAGAGGAGGAAGAGGAGAGAGAGAGGAGGAGGAGGAGAGGAGAGGAGGAGGAGAGAGAGAGAGGAGGAAGAGGAGAGAGAGAGGAGGAGGAGGAGAGAGAGGAGGAGAGGAGGAGAAGAGGAGGAGAAGAGAGGGAGAAGAGGAGGAGAAGAGGAGGAGAGGAGGAGGAGAGCGAGGAGAGGAGGAGGAGGAGAGGAGGAGAAGAGGAGGAGAGGAGGAGGAGAGCGAGGAGGAGGAGAGGAGGAGAAGAGGAGGAGAAGAGGAGGAGAGGAGGAGGAGAGGAGAAGAGGAGGAGAGGAGGAGGAGGAGGAGAGGAGGAGAGCGCUCUGCUCCCUGAACGGCCUUUUUGCUCCUUCAGGAACUGGUCAGCUGAUCAGUGGAACCGUUGUCCAGGCGAUCGAUGGCGUGGGGGAGCGUGAUUAAUGUCACUGCGUGUCCCCGGGCUCCGCCGUCCCCUCUCAGUAAAAGGAAAGAAAGAACAGAGCGUGACUGACGGCGGCGGCGGCGUUGAGAUGUGAAGUUAAAGAGAGUCAUGUUCUACUAAUUUAAGGUAAUGACAGUGAAAGGAGGAGGAGGAGGAGGAGAGGAGCAGGAGGAGGAGAGAGAGAGGAGGAGGAGAGAGAGAGGAGGAGAGGAGGAGGAGAGGAGGAGGAGGAGGAGGAGAGAGGAGGAGAGAGAGAGAGGAGGAGACAGAGGAGGAGGAGGAGAGAGAGGAGGAGGAGGAGGAGGAGGAGGACAGGAGGAGGAGGAGGAGAGAGAGAGGAGGAGGAGAGAGA